AUGUUUGUUGCUUCAUGCAAGUGGCUCAAAAUUAUGAAAGGAUCCGAUGCUAUUGGACUAGCUAUAGUUGGGAAAAACCACUCGGCCCAUUCAGUGCUCGGGACACCAGAAUUCAUGGCUCCCGAGCUGUAUGACGAGAACUACACGGAGAUGAUAGACAUGUACUCGUUUGGGAUGUGCUUGCUCGAGAUGGUUACUCUCGAGCUUUCGUACAGCGAAUGUGAUAAUGUGGUGAAGAUAUGCAAGAAGGUGACGUCUGGGGUGAGGCCUCAGACCAUGAACAAGGUUACUCUAGAGCUUUUUUAA